UUACAGCGAGAGAAAUCCAACUGAAAACCUCGAAACAAACUUACUCAGGUGAAAACCUUAAAACUCAAACUUAUCCAACUGAAAACUUCGGAUUCAACUGAUUCAAGACAUGGAUGUGAAGAAGAUUAUAAGCAACAUUCUGACUGGGAACUUUCAAGAUGUGAAACGAUUUAUGAAAGAAAAUCCUGAUAAAGUCAACCAAAUAAACUCACACAGUCAAACUUUCUUAAUGGAAGCUUGUGAACAGGGCAGCACAAGUCUCAUAGCCUUCUUGAUAGAAUCUGGAGCCAAUAUGGACAUGAGUGACAAAGAAGGUCUGACAGCAUUACAUUAUGCUGUGAAAAGCCGUAAAAUUGAUGCUGUGGCCUUCUUAGUUUCCAGGGGAGCAAAUGUUAAUAAGCAGGACUCAUGGGGCAACACACCUCUACAUCGGGCUGUGAGGAAGAACUAUGAAGAUGUAGUCAAAGUCCUGUUAAGUAGCAAAGGAAAUAACAUUUUACAGGUAACUCAGCGAAAUAAUGAUGGUUGGACACCUCUACAUCUUGCCUCACUUCAUGGACACACAGACACAGCUAAACUUCUCCUACAACAAAAUGGCACUGAUGUGAGGGUGGUGACCAACAAUGGUUCGACACCGCUACAUCUUGCCUCACUUCAGGGACACACAGACACAGCUAAACUUCUCCUACAACAAAAUGGCACUGAUGUGAGGGUGGUGAACAAAGAUGGUUGUACACCUCUACAUCUUGCCUCUAAUCAAGGACACACAGACACAGCUAAACUUCUCCUACAACAAAAUGGCACUGAUGUGAGGGUGGUGACCAACAAUGGUCGGACACCUCUACAUCUUGCCUCUUAUCAAGGACACACAGACACAGCUAAACUUCUCCUACAACAAAAUGGCAUCGAUGCCAAUAAAGUGGACAAAGCUGGUGACACUCCCCUCCAUCUGGCAGUUCAAAAGCAACACUAUGGUGUGGUAUCGUUGAUGCUGGCCCAGGAUUCAGUGAAACUGGAUAUUGGGAAUCAUAAGAAAAUGACACCAUUACUGAAAGCCGUCUCCGGGGCCCACCUCGGAAUAAUCCAUAAAUUUAUUAUACAUGGUGCAAAUAUGAAUGCUGUCGACAAUGAUGGCAAUAAUUGUUUGCACCUCUCCAUAAUAAAGAAAGAGAUGUUCCAUUCUGAGGUGGAACCCAUUCCCAUUUUAGAUGAGUGCUGCAGAGAGCUCCAACUGGACAUGGAUAGGAGGCUCUCUGGAAUAGUAGUUUUGAGUUACCUUGCCAGCCAAGGAGCCAGCUUAUACCAUCGUAAUGAUGAGAAAGUGACCCCAUUGGACUGCAUAGAAAAUCAACAUUUGAAAGAAAAAUUAAAAACAUUUUUACAAUCACUGUGUCGGUGGUGUCAAGAGAAAAAGGCUACUGUCACACUCCAUCCUUGUCAACAUACUGUUAUUUGUCAGAAUUGCUGUUCUCAACUGGCAUUUAAGCAAUGCCCCAUAUGUCGACAACACAUACUCCGGAAAAGUGGAUUUGUGUGUCCAAAGUUUGAAGAGAAAGCAGUCCAGGUGGGUGCAGAGUCUGUUGAGUGUCCAAAGUGUAGAGAAAAAGCAGUCCAGGUGGGUGCAGAGUCUGUUGUGUAUCCAAAGUGUAGAGAAAAAGCAGUCAAGACGGUUGUAGAAUCUUUUGAGAGUUUAAAUUUGGAUGAAAACCGCUCCCAUAGCACAUCGAAGAAGGUGGAAGUUAAGCAACAGCAAGUUGAAACUCCAAAGUUAGAGGAGAAGUGUCUCCAAGAUGUUGCAAAACUGUUAGGAGUCAACUGGCAGCAAGUUGGCAGGAAUUUAGGAAUCAGAAAUGUCAAACUGGGGAAUAUCAGGUAUGACUAUCCUUUUAACACUGAAGAGCAGGGCUUCCAGAUGCUGCACACAUGGUACACAAGUUGUGAUCCAGAGAGACGAACACUCAAAACACUCAGAAAAGCUCUUAAGGAAGCUGAAUGCUUUGAGGCACUUCAAUGUCUACCAUCAGAAGAAAAGUGAACUUGUGUGUAAAUGCUGCAAUUGUUUAGUCCAAGGUCAACCUUGACUAAACAGAGACUCCUGAUCAAAUGCCUUCCAGCCAGGACCCUCCUGACUUUAUCCUUAGUGUAAGGAACCCAGAAUCACAUUGUCCAAUGUGAUAAUUGAAUUGAGCAGGAUUUGGCUACUAAUUCUAGCAAAUCUAUCAACAACAUAAGAGAUUCCCUUCCUGAAUUGGUCCCUAUCUUCUUAGAAAUUAACUUUUGAAAUAAAGAUAAACUUUGAAAUGUU